AUGAUGAAGCGGGUGUGCAGGAGCUUAGAAGUGGCCGUGCAGGAGCUGGGCUGUCCCCAGAUGAAGGCCAGCGCCCUGGUGUCCUGGGGCAGCGAGGAGCUGGAGGUGCCACCUGGAGGCCACCACCCUGCCCCAAGGCCAGACAGGGGCCAGAGGCCACCAAAUGUGGGGAUCCCUCCGAAUGGUGGAAGGAGCUCUGCCCAGCCCUGCCAGAGAUGUAUUGCAGGGGAGUCUGGACAUCUUAACCAUACCAAGGAUCAUUAG